CCCGGAUGUGGUUGUCAACACUAGCUGUAAAACUCCUAUGCCUGUUGACUGAAGAAAUAGCUUUACAGUUUAUACAUAAAAAAUCUGAUUUUAAUUCGGUUGAAUAAGAACAGACACUGACAGGUCCUUCGUUAGCAGCAGCAGUUUCACGGUCAUUCUUAGCCGUCCAACAUGGCGGCGGUAGACGUGGAGGAUGAGAGCAUUUUGGCGUCGAUCUUCAAAGACAGCUUCCCGGACAGCUGGAGGGAUAACCCGGACUUCACGGCCUAUCUGUCCGAGCUGAGCUCCUUUGGGGUGGAGAAGCUGAGCCGAGAGCCGGAGCGACUGGCGGAGGAGAGAGCCCAGAUCCUGCAGCAGACCCGGGAGCUGGCUUUCUCAAACUACCAGACCUUCAUCCGCACCGCAGACUGCACCGAGCACAUCUACCGGGACUUCGGCCGGGUUGAGAGCAGCGUCUCACGGCUGUUGGACAAACUGCCCAGCUUCGGGGAGAGAUGCAGAGGCUUCAUGAAGGAGGCCGAGGAGAUUGGAGCAAGCCGUCGUAUGAACAGUCUCACGUUGAACCGUCACACUGAAAUCCUGGAGAUCCUGGAGAUCCCUCAGCUUAUGGAUACCUGCGUCCGCAACGGAUACUACGAGGAGGCUCUAGAGCUUGCAGCUUACGUGAAGAGGCUGGAGAAGAAGCACUCGUCACUGCCGGUCAUCCAGGGUAUUGUACGUGAAGUGCGUCAGUCGACUCAGCUGAUGCUCAACCAGCUCCUCCAGCAGCUCCGCAGUAACUCACAGCUUCCCGUCUGCCUGCGUGUCAUUGGCUACCUGCGCAGGAUGGACGUGUUCACGGAGGCAGAGCUGCGGGUGAAGUUCCUGCAGGCUCGGGGCACCUGGCUAAACUCUAUACUCUCUGCCAUUCCUGAAGACGACCCCUACUUCCACAUCACCAAAACCAUCGAAGCCUGCAGAGUCCAUCUGUUUGACAUCAUCACUCAGUACAGAGCUAUCUUCUCAGACGAGGACCCUCUGCUGCCCCCAGCAGGUGGACAGAUGGUGGUGAACGAGGCUGCCAUCUUCCACGGCUGGGUGGUGCAGAAGGUGGCUGAGUUCUUGGAGACUUUAGACAGGGACCUGCAACGAGGUGUGGGGGGCCGUCUGGACUCUCUUCUGGGUCAGUGCAUGUACUUUGGCCUCUCUUUCAGCAGGGUGGGGGCAGACUUCCGCGGGCAGCUGGCGCCCAUGUUCCAGCGGGUGGCGGCGGAGACGUUCCGUGGUGCUGUGAAGGAGGCGGUGGAGAAGUUCCAGGAGGACAUGAACCUGUACACGCUCAUCUCACUGCCCUCGGUGCUUGGAGGAACCAUCCCCCCUGUGGCCCCCAGCACCCAGCCCGGCACGCUGCAGCCUCCCAUGUCCCUGCUAGACUUCCAGCCACUGGCAUGUUUCCUCAACAACAUCCUAACCGCUUUCAAUGACCUGCGGCUCUGCUGCCCCGUAGGAUUGGCUCAGGAUGUCACCAAAUGUCUGGAAGAUGCCCUCAAGCUGGUGACUCGUCAGAUUCUGGUGUUUCACCGAGCAGAGGAGUCGGCCUUCAGCAGCAGAGAGAAGGAGCUGUUUGUUCAGUUCUGCUGUGCGUACGCUGAAGAUCUGCUCCCAUUCAUCAACCGCUGCCUGCAGGUCCUGUUUCCUCCAGCUCAGCUGGCUCUAAUUCUGGGUGUUCCUGUGACUCAGCUGCACAAAUACAGCAGUCUGGGCUGCAUCGACCUUGCUGCUGUCCUCGAGCCUCUGGAUUUUGUCCUUCCUGAGAGAGAGACGUUACCUGCUGCCGCGCCCUUACCAGAGUUCGAUAUCUCCACAGAACUGGGCAGCCUGUCAUUUGAUGCACCACCAACAGAAACCGUAACAGAUCCUGACCUCAAUGUGGAGGCUGGACCUCCUGACCCUGUCCAGACCGGAUCUGAUCUCGGAGACUCUGAGUCUGAAGUGACAGAGACAAAGUCUGAGGAACAAGACAAAGAGACACUGCUGGAUGAAGAGUUUUCUUUGGAGUAAAGAGAUAAAGAGCUUGUGAAGAUGAAAUGACUUAUUUUUUUGGUUCAACUAAUGAGUAUAUCAGGGUGUUUGGUCUGAAUGAAGGGUUUGGAAAAUUGUUCUGGAACUGGAUUAUAUAUUUAUGUGGACAUUUAAAUAAAUAAACCUAAGGCUUUAAGGUCCAGGAUGAUGGUGGAUAUAGUCUGUCUCUUCAAAUCAAAUAAAAAACAUCAAACCUCA